ACGACGUUGUUUUCCGAACUGACAGAUACUCGUUUAACGAUGUCGUUCGAUGAAUCUCACUGUCCAAUCAGAUCAAGCCCAUAGUGUUGUAGAUCACGGGUCGAUUGGGCCAAACAUACGCCAGUGGACUUGUAGAUGGGCCCAUUACACACACAUAAAAAAAAAAAUCCCUAACCGCCGAUGAUAUACCCGCGAAAUUUGGUCGGCGAUGAUCCGUUUGCGUCACUCCAGUUUUUCAGACAGAACAACAAGCGCCGCACCGCCCGCACCGCAGGGAUGGGAGGAAACGAGAGCAGAAGAAGCCAAAGUAAGGAACAAUUUGAUGCGGGCGGGCGUCAUUUCCUCCGGCCGGCCGCCGAUCGAUUAGCCCGAAGAAGAAUCACAAAGCUUGCUCCUUUUUCCAAGGAUUGUGAUUUUGAUGGCGAAAGGGAGAGCGGGCUAGCCGCUGCUGCUGACGCUCGCCCGAAUUAACUUUUUCCAAUACCCUGUACUUGUCGUGGCCUUUUGAAAUUAUGCCGAAAAAACCCAACACUGAAGUUCCUCCGGUGGUUGUUGUUGCCAGCGGCGGGUUCAACUUAUCCAUCUACUACUUCAGUGGGGCCCUUGCACGGCAAAGUGAAGCUUUCUUUCUCUGUCUCACCUACUUCCACCAUUAACUCCCCACUCCCCUUUUUGCUACUGUUGCUUCUUAUAAUCAUAUCCCAGCUUCACUGGUUUUCUCACUCGGACGGUUUCCUGGUUUUGUGCUAGUCACAGAGAAGGAGCGCAGAGUUAAUUCGCCAAGAGGAAGUAGACAAAGAAGAAGAGGGGGAGACGUCUGCAUUUCUCCUCCCCUCUGCCGAGAUGGUGGAUCAGCAUGGAGGUUACAACGUGGAUGAAGCUCUCCUCUCUGUGGGGUUUGGAAAGUUCCAAAUCUUUGUCUGCCUUUAUGCGGGUUUGGGUUGGAUAUCAGAAGCGAUGGAAGUGAUGAUUCUCUCAUUUAUUGGUCCAUCGGUGAAGUCUCAGUGGGAUCUAAGUGCAAAUCAAGAGACUUUACUUUCUGUAGUUGUAUUUUCCGGCAUGUUACUCGGUGCGUACAUGUGGGGUGUAAUUUCAGACAAAUUGGGAAGAAGGAAUGGAUUUGUGGUCACAGCAUUCGUUACGUCUCUAGCUGGUUUACUUAGUGCCUUUGCCUGGAACUAUGUUGUGUUGCUCAUUGCUCGUUGUUUGGUUGGUGUUGGCCUUGGAGGAGGGCCUGUACUCUUCGCCUGGUUCUUGGAGUUUGUACCUGCAACAAAUAGAGGCAUGUGGAUGAUUAUUUUCUAUUCAUUUUGGACGGUUGGAACUAUUUUUGAAGUCGGUUUAGCAUGGAUCAUUAUGCCAAGAUUGGGUUGGAGGUGGCUGGUCGGUCUUUCUGCUCUCCCUUCGUUUGGUCUCCUUGUAUUUUAUCCUCUGACACCUGAGUCCCCGAGGUACCUCUGCCUAAAAGGUAGAAAAGACGAUGCCCUUAAGAUUAUGGAAAACAUAGCAAAAUUGAAUAAGAAGGAACUGCCUCCUGGCGUCCUUCUUACCGAUCGUGAAAUUGAGCUACAAAGACAAGUCUCGAAGCCAGAGGCAUCUGCCACUGAUUCGCCUUCUUCUGCCCCUAGAUGGAAAGAUUCUGACUUGGGUGUCAUCGAGACUCUACGGAUGUUGCUUUCUCCAAGAUUAAUUCGCUCAACCAUACUCUUGUGGUUCAUAUUCUUUGGGAAUGCAUUUUCAUACUAUGGUCUUGUUUUGCUCACUACUGAAUUAAACCGUAAAUCUCAUUGCAAUUCGAACGGAACACAAUCCAACGACAAGUCAGAUGCUGGUGUUGACUAUAAAAAUGUUUUCAUUACUACUUUAGCAGAAUGCCCGGGCCUCUUAAUAUCAGCUCUCCUUGUCGAUAGGAUUGGUCGCAAAAUUUCAAUGGCAGCUCUGUUCUUCAUUUGUAUCGUGUUCGUUCUGCCACUGGUCGUCCAUCGAUCUCCACUAGUGACCACCAUUCUCCUAUUUGGGGCAAGAAUCUGCAUCACGGGAACUUUUUCAGUUGCCUCUCUAAUGGCUCCGGAGCUGUACCCUACGUCAGUCAGAUCAACCGGUUAUGGAAUUGCAAACUGCGUGGGCAGAAUUGGUGGGAUGGUAUGUCCAUUUGCAGCAGUGAAGUUGAUGGAAUCAUGUCAUCAACGUGAAGCGCUUCUGCUGUUUGUUGGCGUGAUUGUUGUGGGGCUGUUUUCAGUACUGUUGAUUCCUUACGACACUAAGGGCCGGGAAUUGACAGAGAGCAUAUCGAGCACAAAACAUGACAAGCAUCGCCAAGCUGUCUGAAACUAGUUGAGAGAUUGAAUGAUGAAGACGGCGGCGUGGCAAUGGCGGGCGACACAAUGUACAUUGCCUUUCAGUGUCCUAUAUAAGUGUUUGUGUGGUAUAUAAGUGUAUGUGUGUAGUGUAAUGUUGUGUGGAGUUAGUUUCAAGAUGGGUGGGGACUAGUUGUGGUUUGUGGGUUGCAUUGUCAAAUGAUGUAUGUAUGGACUGCAAGGUUAUUAGCUCUUAUUAACUUCUUGCUGAGGCUUUUUGGGGGCUAUCAUCAUCAGGUAAACCUUGCGUCACACGGCUGCGUUAGUGCGAGAGAUGUAUCAUAAUUACAAGUUGUGAUGAUGGAGGGGGUGCUACUUUAGUUGAUCUUUUAGGAGUGGUGGGAAUCAGGCUAUUGUGCUCACAACACGAUUUGUAAGAACGUGUCUGCAGAGGUUGUAAUCCUUGGAUUCGACCGUUUGGGUGUCGCGCCCGUUGGAUGGAUGUGGUAGCAAUUGUAUAAAUAAAAUGUUAUUGAAUUCAUCCAACGGGCGUAUAGCGUCUAUUACCUUAUCAGGUAGCUCCAAGCCUCGUGAAAAAGUUCUUACAAAUGGGUUGUGAGCGGCCAAACACCAUAGUCGAAUUGAGUGGUGUGUAGCUUUUUUAAUGCGAUAGCUAAAGGAAUUGUAUAGUACGAAAUAACAUAUAAAUGGAUUCAACUCAUAAACAUUAAAAAAAAAUAUAGACUAAUUGGUCCAAUUGAUUGAUUUAAACCAAG